AUGAGCACCCACCUGCAGUCCAAUGAGAGCAAGAUAAUUCCGGCUUCCAUGCGUCCCGAUGGCUCAUGGCGGAAGGCCCGUCGGUUGAAGGAUGGGUAUGUGCCGCAGGAGGAUGUGCCGCUGUACAAAAUCAGGGGCAAGGACGGAAUAUCCAUAUCCAGGUUCCCCAUACUUACUGAUAUCGAGGAGGGGGAGGGAAAGGAGUGUAACCAGCCAGAAGUCAAUAAAUCCUCCGUUAACAAGGAGGUCUGUUUGAUAUCUAAGACCCUGAGCGAUAUACUGAAAUUGGAUGAUUCUGAAGAGGUGGAUAACAAUUGA